AUGCAACGGACCAUGGACGCUUAUUAUGAUGAACUCAAUACGCUCAUGUCCAAAAUACCCAGCCAAGAGGCGGUUAUUGCCGGAAAUGAUGCGAACGCAAAGACGAAUAAUAGCAACAAUCCGGGAGAUGGUAUCCUCCUAUCCAGGAAACGUCCGGCACACGAUAUCGGAUAUCGCGAAAAACCCGAUAAUGAACAACUCCGCUUUCGUCCUGCUCCAUCAAUGUUUGAGCAUAUGUUUACUGUCAGAAGAAAGAUCGAAGGAUGGAUCUUCGCUGGCACAGCUGAAUCGUCGUCGGCUGCUAAUGCCAACAUGGCUUCCAGGAAAUCGUCCUUCUUGAUUGCUGUGCUUCGUGCAGGACUACCGCAGGUACUUCUAGUUCUCCUUUUAACAGCGUACCUUCUUCUUGGAGCGGUUUUCUUCCAAUAUAUUGAUCCGCAUUUGGCAAAAGUUCCGUUUUUUGAUAUUAUUCUCUUUGAAUUCGGGACGUUGGCUACUAUCGGUUAUGGAAACGUCAGUCCGACUACGGAUGCUUCAAGAAUGUUCUGCAUGUUAUAUUCGAUUUUUGGUAUUCCUCUCAUCCUACUCACAACAGCUAACUUUGGAAAAUUUAUGACCAAAGGUUUCUGGUACUUGAUGUUCCUUUUUAAAUUGCCGGUGGCUCGUUCGAAGCUGAGCAGUGAUGCUAACAUGCCCUUGCCAAUCAUUCUUCUUCUUUCCGCCUGCACAUUCUAUUUUGGAUCACAUUUCAUCCAUCAUACAGGCGUUCGACACAGCGUCGAUGAUGUUUAUUUCAGCUUCAUUAGUUUCACCACUGUCGGGUUCGGAGACAAGGUACCGGUUACGGAUACCCUUAGCAAGCUCUGCUUCACUCUGCUUUACCUCACUUGGGGAAUCAUGCUCACUACCGCCUUGUUCAGCGUCCUUAAUCACUAUUUAAGAAAAAUACAUUAUUUGGGACGUCGCUUUACCGGAGCCAGAGACGUGCCAGUUUACAUGGGUGGUCAGUGUAUUACGGUAUCCGAAUUGCUGCAAAUUGUUGCAAAUGAGUUCGACGCUUCUCCAAGAGAAGUCCGCUCUAUGCUGCAAGAUCUGGAUGAGAUCAUAUCCAGUGCUGAAAUCGACAAAGGCGAAAAUGUGCCGCUGGUCACCGAUAUUGAAGAUUUUGAUGUGUACGAGUAG